AUGGAAGCCCCUCGCAGUACCACAUACAAAUAUUUAACAUUUCUGUUCACGCAGAAACUGAUCACAAAGGGAAGGACACUGCCAUUAUACACAUAUACCCAGAAACUAUCGGAGUUCUUCGACAGCGAUAAGCUGAAGUACAGGUUCUGGUGGCUCUGCAACGAUACUUUUAGAAUCGACUUCCGUAAGCUUGCAGACGUCGAUGUUGAGAAAACAAAGAGGGACUUGUGUGAUGUCUUGGAAGGUAUGGACUUCUUUGAGUGUUUUGAACGCUCAAGCAUAGAAUUCAAGGAAUGGGAGGCGGAAUAUGCAAAUUAUAAUGGGGAUGGUGACAGCGACGUGGAAUUCUACAGGAUUCAAGCUGAUAUUCGUGACUUUGAAGAGUCACGAGGUUGA